AUGGCGUCGGAAACAGCUCAAAGCUUCGACCCGUUCGAGCAGAACAUCACCAUGCAUGGGGCAGACGGCACACCGUUCCUAGUCCCCGUGAACUCCGUGGAUACAUGGCUCCAGUACUGCAUCCGCAUCUGCAUCAACUACGGUUGCCAAAUGGGCGCUUCGGCCAUCCUGCUCAUCGUCCUCAUUCUACUAACCAGGGCCGAGAAGCGUUCGUCUGUCGUUUUCUGGCUUAACUCCCUGGCUCUGGUCUCCAACGUCGCCCGCCUGCUCUGCCAGCUCAUCUAUUUCACCGGCCCCCUUGUUCGUCUGUACCCUAUUUUCGCAGAAGAUUACUCCCGGGUCCCCCAGUCAGCCUAUGCAAAUUCGAUUAUAGGCGCUGUCUUUGCGUUCCUUGCCGUCGUCUUCAUGGAAGUCUCCUUGGUCCUGCAGGUCCAGGUGGUCUGCGCGACUCUCCGGCGCUGGUAUCGACGGGUGCUCCUGGCGACGUCUGUCCUCGUGGCCAUGAUCCCUAUCGGAUUCCGCUUUGCUUUACUUGUGGUCAAUUCGAUGUCGAUCAUGGACCUCGAAGUCAUUUCGCCUACUUGGCUGGAAAACUCUACCAACGUCGUCGUUACUGUCAGCAUCUGCUUCUUCUGCACCGUCUUUGUCGUCAAGCUGGGACUCGCCAUCAAGCUACGCAAGCAGCUUGGUGUGCAAGAAUACGGGCCUAUGAAGGUUAUCUUUGUCAUGGGUUGUCAGACCAUGAUUAUUCCAGCCUUCUUCUCAAUCCUACAGUACUUCGUGCACGUCCCCGAGCUCUACUCCAACGUCCUAACCCUCGUCAUCAUCUCCCUCCCCCUGUCCACCAUCUGGGCCGGUUCCACCUUUGAGCAAAAGAGCCGCGUCACAAGCCGCACUUCGGACUCCCACCGCCACCUCAUGAAUGUAAACAGCUACAACCCCAUGAGGAAUAAUAAUUUGUCGACGUCGUUUUCCAGCGACGCUACGACGAGGAAUAAUAUCCCUGCGAAUGCUAUGUGUUAUGCGGCUCUUAGUCCGACGAGGCAGGUUGAUCCGGAGUUGUCAAAGUAUGGGAUUUCGGUGGAGCAUGAUUAUUCCGUGCAGAGCCAUCAGAAGGAUGGGGGUGAGUGCGGUGAUCCGGUGGUUUAA